AGACUAUACCGACCUACUAUUAGCAUGGCGAAUAGGAAGCUACAGAAGGAUAUUGAAAUUAUAUUCAAAAAGAUCCAGGAGGGAUUGCAUGAAUUCCACUACCAUUAUGACCGUUACGAGAGCAUAAACACCGACGAGGACUCUGAUAAUCAACGAGAAAAGGAAAAGUUGGAAGGUGAUCUUAAAAAGGAAAUUAAACGAUUGCAGAAAUUCCGGGAACAGAUCAAAAAUUGGCAACUGAAUGACGUAAUCAAAACUCUCGGACUACCGGGGAAUGCCCUUGGGGUAAAACUAAACGACAACAAGAAACUCAUCGAGGAAGCCAUGGAGAUUUACAAAGAUGUCGAAAGGCUGUCUAAGUUGAAGACAUUCUCCAACCAGUCGAUCAUGAUGGCAUUCAUGGAUAGUCAACAUGGUGAUGACGAUGACGAUGAUGACGAAGAUACUGAUGAGGAAUUUUUGGAGCAUAUCGAUAGCAGUGACGAAGAUGAGGAAGAAGAUUAUGCUGACCUACCCUCGGAUGCUAUUGAAGCCAUACAAUAUCUCAAGGACACCAUAAUACAAAUUAGAGACCUGACUCAGAAAUUGAAUCAUGAGUAUGAAAAACUAGCGCAAAAGAAGUUGCGAAAGAACAACUUAACUACUAUUGAAGCCAAGAAGGAAAAAAUUCAAGCCACCAUUGAAAAUAACAAGUUCCAUUGUAAGAAGAUUUUGAAAUUGAUCAGACUAUUGAAAGCUAAUCGAGUGAAUGAAUUUGGAUUAAUAUGGCUACUAAAGGAUGAUUUGGAUGAAUAUGUUAGUUCUAAUGGUGAUUCCAACUUUUCAAGUGAAACAACAUUGUAUGAAGAUAUAUUCAACCUGAUUGUAGCUGCAGAUCAAGAUUAUUCUGAAAUUUAUGAAGAAAAAGAUGACGAUUCUCAAACUCUCGACAGUACUACCAAUGGAUCUAUUCUUUCUGAAACCAACAGCCAUCCACAAAAACUCAAUGGUCAUGCCGACGCGCCCCAACCUAGGCAACAAUCUCAGCAGCUGGCGCACCCCCUUCAGCAACCUCCUCAACCACAACUCCAACAGCAACCCAACAGUCCCGAUCUUUCCAGUCCUGGUAUUGUAAGAACGUUGAAACCAGCGGCAACUCCUUCCAAACCUGUUGGUAAUUUGAAAUGGGCCGCUGCAGCCGCAGUUGGAAUACCAGAAACGUCCACAACAAAAUCAAGAUCGCAAGAACCAGAGUCAAAUGGAAGUCAUCAACCUGACUCAUCUCCUACCCACAGGAGUAGUGUCACAUCAUCGUCUUCACCAGAACAAGCCAAGGUUCAAGCAGCAGCACAACAACAACAACAACAACAACAUCAACAACAUCAACAACAUCAACAACAACAACGACCUUUGGUUGUUGAAAACAUCAAUCUUGACAAAUACAAAGCAAUUGUUCAAAACUCAUCGUUACCUAAGACUGAAGUUAAUUUAUUUUCUGAUAUGAAUUUGAUUCGAGUCCCACCAGGUAUUCAAGAUUUGGUUAUUUCAUUUGCAUCCAAGAGAAAUCACGAUGAAUGUAAAUUAUUAGUGAACUCGACCGAGUUUAAUCAAUUUACUACCCCGAUUCGUAAAAAGUACCUUCCGAGUGUUGUUCAACCCUUGAACUUAUCGUUCACUCCGGGAUUCAGACACCCAACUCAAUUAAUGAAAUUUCAAUCAAUUUGGAAUCAAAUUAGAGCCACCUAUGGAUUUGAGAAAUUAGUCAAUGAAAUAAAAUCCUUGGCUAGCCAGGAUAAACCUGACAAUGCAGCCCUUGUAGCCGAAUUGACCUAUGUGCUUUUCUAUGGGUUUUAUUAUGGAUUGACACCAGCUGAAAAUUUGAUUGCUGAAUCAUAUUUGUUUGACUUGGGUUGGAAACCUUAUAAGGCUCAAUUAGAUAACAAUUCUUCAUCACCACUUCAUAUUUCAUCACCUACUGUGAAGGAUGAUUCCAAAUCAGCUGCCCCAACCGGUAGUUAUUGGUUUAAGAGAAUUAAAUUGAUAUCUGAAGGUACCACAGCUAAUCCUGGUUUUGAAUUUGGUGAUUAUCAAGUAUUUGAUUUGAACUUUUGGGAAAUAUUUGUUAGGUAUGGGUUUAAGUUUGAUUAUACUCUUUGUCAAUUUAACCCAUCAACUAGUAUUUUCUAGUAGUGUUGUUUUGUUUUGUUGGAUGUUUUUUGUAUAUGCUUAAAUAAAAUCGUAAAUGGUGUCUGACUGUAAGAUUGGAUCACUUGAAGUUAAAAUAUGCUGAGUUGUCUCAUAUGUUGAAUUGGCAACUCCGUCGUCUGAGAAUAUGAUGUUGUUAUCGUUGCUCCCUAGAAUUUCGGACUGCAUACUCGACGACAGUAACAUGUCUGAUUCUUCCUCUAACUCCUUCUGUACAACAUAUGUGUAUGUUUUACCGUUUCUGGCAACCAA